AUGUUCGGCGACGACGAGGACGUUUUCGACAGCGUUACUUGGGAGUCUCCCUCGGCGCCCACAUACGACAUUGAUGAUACAAUCACACCAUCUGGUCCUGGCUUCAGACAGAGUACUGUCGGUGCUAACGAUGACCCUCUGCAGCCCAAGUGGGAAGGCUACCUCCUCACCUCCGUCAAGGACCCCGUAAAAGAGCUCGCAGAAACGAAGGACGCGUAUGUCUCAUACCUUGUCCAGGCGAAGACCAACCUUCCAAUAUUCUCUACUCCCAACCCCUCAGCACGUCGUCGCUUCCAAGACUUCGUGUUUUUAAGAGACCAUCUCGUUCGGGACUUUUCGGCUUGUGUUGUUCCUGCGUUGCCGGACAAGCAUCGGUUAGAGUACCUCACUGGAGACAGGUUCAGUCCAGAGUUUAUGGAACGUCGACGUCUGGACCUACAUCGUUUCUUACAGCGACUGGCACGACACCCGACACUCCAACGGAGUACUCUCGUACGCGCAUUCUUUGAAUCCACUGAAUGGGCAAGCCAACUCUCCCUUACCCGGAUUUAUAUUUUAACACAAACUUCAUAGCACGUACAAAUGCACCAGCAUGUUGCCCACCCACCAGGUCAAGAGCCGACUCCUGGGAUCAUCGACAAUAUCUCAGACACCCUGUUAAACGCUUUCGCACGCGUCCGUAAACCUGAUGAAAGGUUUUUGAUUAUGCGCGAGAAUGUUGACAAAUUCGAAGAGAGUUUAGUUGUCUCUGAGCGACUUUAUAGUCGCGUCCGAAGUCGAACAAGCGACCUUACGGCGGAUUACCAUGACUUAGCAGUCGCUGUCCAAGGUCUUGGAUUCCUAGAAUCAGGUAUCACCGAUCCCCUCAACCAUUUCUCAAAUACAUUGCUUGAGUUCUCCGCUCUUCUUCGACACACGACACAAACAACGACCGACCCGUUUCUCCUCCAUCUCCACUCUCUGCUCACGUAUUCGCAUGCAAACCGUGCUGUUCUGAAAUUGCGUGACCAAAAGCAGUUAGACUUUGAGGAACUUUCAGACUACCUCUCUGGAGUGACUGCGGAUCGCGACAGACUUGCUGCUGUCAUCAGUGGCCACGCCGGAAGCACCGGUCUCGGUCUCGGUGCAUAUCUCAAGGACCGCGUCGAUGCCAUCCGCGGGACGGAUGAUGAUAGGAGCAGGGUGGAAAAAAUGCGAAAAUUGGAUAUCAAAAUCAAAGAGCUCCAAGAUGCUGUUACAACAGCACACGAGACUUCAGAUGCGUUCAGCGAUGAGACGCUGCGGGAGCAAGCUGUAUUUCAGUACGCUAAGGAGGCAGAGAUGAAGGAGAUGCUUGGAAAUCUCGCUGAUGGUCAGAUCGAGUUCUACAAGGCGGCAAGCAUCGAUGUUUUCCCAUUUACCCUCCGCUAA